CCAUGACGUCCCUGAUCAAGAAGGUGAUCCACACCACCAAGUCCUCCGCGGCGAUCGGGCCCUACAGCCAGGCUGUGCUCGCCGACAGGACCCUUUACAUUUCGGGACAGAUAGGCCUAGACCCUUCGUCUGGCCAGCUGGUGCCCGGAGGGGUGGCGGCAGAGGCCAAACAGGCGCUGACGAACAUGGGCGAGAUCUUGAAAGCUGCCGGCUGCGACUACACCAACGUGGUGAAAACAACUGUUUUGCUGGCUGAUAUCAACGACUUUAAUACUGUCAAUGAUGUCUACAAACAGUAUUUCAAGAGCAAUUUUCCAGCUCGUGCCGCUUACCAGGUUUCUGCUUUGCCCAAAGGCAGCCGUGUGGAGAUCGAAGCCAUUGCUCUGCAGGGGCCCCUCACCACAGCAUGACUGAGCGGGCCUAGCCUUCUCUAGCCUCGACCUGGAGUGCCGUUUCCUAAUUCACGCCUUAAUUUCUACGAUCGAUCUCCGAAUGAGGACGCCUGACUAAGACCCUCUGCAGCUCUAACAAAAACACCUUGUGAUUAAAUACUGAAGAAUUGGUGGGAAGGAAGGCUGGCAGGGGGGACUCGGGUCACUGAUGUCGCCAGUCAGUCACGCUCACAACAUGCAUGACUGCCCCCGGGGGAAGGAAAGAGGAAAGGCCAUCCAGAGAGGUAAACAUCACAGUGAAUCCAGUUAGUUCCCAUCAGUCUAACAAUGUGAACUUCUCAGUUCUGCCCUUGAGGAUGGUACUGCUCUGACUUAAGUGAAAUUCAGAUGUUUAAGUUUGAUUGUGGAACAGAGAAAUCAUUGGACCAACACUUUAUGUA